GAACGAUGCCCGCCAGAAAUAGAAUGGAGGAGGACGCCACCAGCGUCUUCGCGGAGCAAUUGUCCCUCUUUCGCUCCUGGCUGUCCCUCCGAAGGCUCAACGAUCCAACCCUGGAACUCCUGCAGUCGAUCCUCGUUUCUGGAGACGUCGUCUCCCUGGACGCCACUUGCUCUGCUCUGAGAACGCUGCUGAGAAACGAGAUCUCGGCCGUCCUCGAAGAAGCCUCGACAAAGCCUGCCGAGGAAAAGUUUCGCGUUCUCAGUUUCUUCGUCUGCGCCUUUGCCCUCGCUGGCGAUGCCGAGAGGUGUUUGGCAUUGAGAUAUGAGGCCUUGCUUCUUCGUCAAGAUGCUUGCACCAAAAGUCCAUGGUUGGAAGUGUCAUAUGAUGAGUGGAUGACGCUUGCUCAAGAUUCAUUUGAUAAUGGGUUCUACUCAAUCACCAACAAGUGUUAUGACAGCGCAUUCUCUUGCAUUCCAUCUACCGUUGCUGUAGAUCCCAAAGGCAAUCUUUGCCAACCGCAAAAAUCUGAUCAUGAGAAAGCCCAGCGACUAAGAGAUGCUGCUGUGGCAUUAUCUGCUUCACAUUCAGUUCAAGCUCAGACGUCAAAGUACUUAAGAAAGAAAAAGGUUCAACAACAAAUCAGGCAUGAAGAGUUCUCAAGUGAUAAUGGUUCCACUGCAAGCAACCAGUUCAGGAAAGGGAUCAACAGAAGAAACAUGUUAAAACUUCGUAAGUUCAAUUUCGUACAAUAAACUGAAUCCAGGACAUUGCUUACCUCGUCCAUUUCAGCUACGUUGCUCAUAAGAUGAUACAAUCGGAUUUGUG